UGCAAACGCAGAUGUAAUCGGUACAUUACCGUGAAGCAAUGUUUCGUUGCAGGUUAUUUUAGAUGGAAAAAUACAACAGUGUGAUUCACAUUGUGAAUCACAUCUUGCUGACACAGAUGAUAAAUAUGGUCAAAAUAAAAAAAUAGUGUAAAGGAAACAAUGACAACACGUUUGUACACAUGUCACAGGAACAGGUUCUCCAACUGUAGGAUAAGUCCGUGUGUCCAAAUGACAGAUUACGAACCUUCAACAAAUACAUGAAAUGACCGGAGCUUCACCUGCACACGUCAGCUUCACUUGGCUGCUUGUCUUCCAGGGUUGUCAUUUGUUAAGUGCAACGUGUACGGAGCUGCUGAGUCGUCACAGAAGGGCAUGGAUCAUCGAUUCGUUCACAAUUGAGGAGGAAAAUCCAGGGCCCUUCCCUUAUGUCCUGGGCCAGAUAAACAUUGAUCGCAACUAUCAAGUACACUUUGAUCUCUAUGGCGAAGGAGUGGACGUGGAGCCCAGGGGAGUCCUCUCCAUACAUAAGGACUCUGGCACCAUCUACGUCCACAGAGCAGUGGACUAUGAAGAGAAGAAGAUGAUUAAGCUAAAAUUUGAGUCAAGAAAACAAGAUUACUCAACUGAUACUAAAUUAGUUGUUGAGAUUUCCAUAAGAGACAUCAACGACAACCCACCACAGUUCCAGAGGGAUCUGUAUGAAAUCAGUGUGAAGGAGGAGGUCGCUCAAGGCUCCUACCUAAUGGCAGUGUCAGCUUAUGAUAUCGACCAAAAAGGAACACCAAACUCCACUUUCCACUAUGAGAUCAAACACGUGUCUCCGAAUGUUCCUGACACCGAAUUCUUCAUUGAAAAAUCUGGAGCGAUAUCAUUUAAGGGUUGUUUGGAUCAUGAAGUUGCCGACAAGUAUUUAAUCCUGGUGGAGGCCAUAGACCACGGUGAAGUGGUGAGUCUGUCCAGUUCAACAUCUGUAGUCGUUCACAUUCAGGAUGGCAACAACCACCUCCCAACCAUCACUGCACAGACGGGCCCCGGCAGAGUGAAGGAGGGUGCGAUUGGGAUUUCUCCUCUGCGGCUCCAUGUGACAGACAGAGACGUCUCCCACAGCCCUGCCUGGAGAGCCAGGUUUACCAUUCAUGGUGACAAAGGCAGCCAUUUCACCAUCCAAACAGACCCUGACAGCAAUGAUGGCAUCCUCGAAGUAGUCAGACCGCUAGACUUUGAGGAAGGAUCACAGGUAGAACUGACCAUCUCUGUGGAAAAUGAGCUUCCAUUUUUCUUCUGCCAAGUCAAGAAAAAGACAACAACAGGCCUCUGGAUGGUUGACAAUGGAACAGACGAUGAUCCUGGCGGAGGGCACCCGGACUCUGUCAAAGUCAUUAUCAAUGUGGAGGACAUCAACGACCCGCCAGUGUUCAGUGUUGAUGUUAAAGAGGCCUAUCUGCAGGAGAAUGCACCAAUAGGAACUUGGGUGGAGAAGGUUACUGCUGCUGAUCCUGACUCCAGUCAAGGAAAUUAUUUUGUGUAUAAAGUAGAAAAUGACCCAGCAGGCUGGGUCACAGUUGACCCUCACACAGGAGAAGUCACAACAGUCAAAUCACUGGACAGAGAAUCUACUCAUGUUACCAAUAAUAUCUACACAAUCCUGCUACAUGCAGUUGAUAAUGGGGAGCCACCAAUGACAGGAACAGCUACGCUGCACAUCCAUGUCACUGACCAAAAUGACAACACACCGCAGCCAGUGGUGAACUACUUGGACGUGUGCACAUCUGACAGUCCCACCAUAACCAACAUCACAGCCAUGGACUUGGAUGAAGACCCCUUCGCAGGCCCGUUUACAUUUGAGCUGAUGGGUGACAUGGAGAAAUGGAGACUAAAUCCCUCCUGUGGUUACACAGCCAGCUUAGUGAAGGACCCCAGUGUGUAUGCAGGAGAGUACACAAUCAAUGUGAAGAUCUCUGACCUACAGGGAGCGUUUGGCAUUUACAAUCUCAGUGUGACUGUGUGCGAUUGUUCCGUGACAUCCAACUGUCAAAUUCGUAGAAUUACAGCCGCAAAAGCUGCCUUUGGUGCUAUAGGUGUAGUUCUAGCAUCACUGAUUCUACUCCUGUGUAAGAAACCACAUCUAUGGAUUUCAUUCAUCUCCUUGGAGACAACAUCCGCUGGACAAAGCUUCCUGGAAUCAAACACUGAGAAACUUGGCACAGACUGCGAGGUGCUUGACAGUGUCCUACAAAAGUCUCCAGAAAAAUUAUACCGAGAACCAUCUGGUCUGAGUGAUGGGUCGCAAAAACAUUUUUCUCCUACAACUGUAAAGAAAAGCAGCCCAGGCAGAUCUGUAAUGCAGGGAAUGUACAGACAAGAAGAUGAGCUGCACAUCUUCACCAACACUAAACAGGGAACCUGGAGCUCUGCAGUCAAUCACUACAACACCCACCAGGUGGGAGAAGUUCCUUCUUUUGUGUUGUACCGUUUUGCAGCUGCUAGAGAAAUAAUAUCUGUAUGUCAUUUUAAGCAUAAAGACAUGGAAUUCUUCACCCAGAGAAAAUUUAACCAUUUACUGGAUGACACUGUUGUCGCAGUGUUGCAACAGAGGUUAACUACUCUUCAGGAGAUAGAAGACGAACCGCUGGACUAUGAGCCUUAUCUGUAUGCGGAUGAAGGAGAGUUGGACACUCUCUCAGAGCUGGAGACCAUUACAAUUUCCGAUGACGACUCCUUGGAGAAAGCACUAAAUGAACUGGACUCCAAGUUUAACCAACUGGCUUCCAUUUGCCAAAACUAAAAAAAAUAAAAAUAAAAACAAUAAAUAAACAACAGUUCCAGUACUAUGUAUUUAGCUAAGUGAGCAGAAGAAAAGUCUGCAGGUUUGUGUUGGUGCCGUACUGUGACUUCAAUUACAACAUGGCAAAAAAGUGGUUUACAUUAUUUAAUAGCAACUUUUAAGGUUCUCCAGUUCUUACAUUACAAGUAGGGGGAACAUAAAGCACAGCUGUCCAGUUGGCAUUAAGACCAAACAAACUGGAGUUAGAUUUGGACAGUCUAAUAUACUUAUUUAAUAGAAUAAAAAAAAAAAAGAAUAAAAAAAAAAAAAUCUUGCAGUUAUGCUCAAUCAUGCUCAAUCUAAAA